AUGGCCGCCAAUGUGGGAUCGAUGUUUCAAUAUUGGAAGCGAUUUGAUCUACGGCGACUCCAGAAGGAGCUUAAUUCCGUUGCUUCUGAGCUGUCUGCACGGCAGGAGGAGAGUGAACAUUCUCAUAAACAUUUAAUUGAACUCCGCCGGGAAUUUAAGAAAAAUGUACCUGAGGAAAUCAGAGAGAUGGUGGCUCCCGUAUUAAAAAGCUUCCAAGCCGAGGUGGUGGCCCUUAGUAAGAGAAGUCAGGAGGCGGAGGCUGCCUUUCUGAGUGUUUACAAGCAAUUAAUUGAAGCACCAGACCCCGUGCCUGUGUUUGAGGCGGCGCGCGGCCUAGACGACAGACUGCAGCCCCCCAGCUUUGACCCCAGCGGGCAGCCCCAGCGAGACCUCCACACUUCGUGGAAGAGGAACCCCGAGCUCCUCAGCCCCAAAGAGCAGAGAGAGGGGACGUCGCCUGCCGGGCCCACGCUGACCGAGGGAAGCCGCCUCCCAGGCAUUCCCGGGAAAGCCCUCCUGACAGAAACCUUGCUGCAGAGAAAUGAGGCGGAAAAACAAAAGGGCCUUCAAGAAGUACAGAUCACUUUGGCGGCCAGACUGGGGGAGGCAGAGGAGAAAAUCAAAGUCCUACAUUCAGCGCUAAAGGCUACGCAGGCAGAGCUGCUAGAGCUGCGGCGGAAAUACGACGAGGAGGCGGCAUCCAAGGCAGAUGAAGUCGGCCUGAUCAUGACCAACCUGGAGAAAGCUAAUCAGCGAGCUGAGGCUGCCCAGCGGGAGGUGGAAAGUCUCCGGGAACAGCUGGCCUCUGUCAACAGCUCCAUCCGCCUGGCUUGCUGCUCUCCCCAGGGGCCCAGUGGGGAUAAGGUGAACUUCGCUCUGUGCUCGGGCCCUCGGCUGGAGGCCGCGCUGGCCUCCAAGGACAGGGAGAUCCUGCGGCUGCUGAAGGAUGUGCAGCACCUCCAGAGCUCGCUGCAGGAAUUGGAGGAGGCAUCCGCCAACCAGAUCGCUGACCUGGAGCGGCAGCUCACAGCCAAGUCCGAGGCCAUAGAAAAGCUGGAAGAGAAGCUCCAGGCCCAGUCUGACUAUGAAGAAAUUAAAACAGAGCUGAGUAUCCUGAAAGCCAUGAAGCUGGCCUCCAGCACCUGCAGCCUCCCCCAGGGCAUGGCCAAGCCUGAAGACUCACUGCUUAUUGCAAAGGAGGCCUUCUUCCCUGCGCAGAAAUUCCUUCUGGAGAAGCCCAGCCUCCUGGCCAGCCCUGAGGAAGACCCAUCAGAGGACGAUUCCAUCAAGGAUUCACUGGGCACGGAGCAGUCCUACCCCUCCCCUCAGCAGCUCCCACCUCCGCCAGGGCCUGAAGACCCCCUGUCUCCCAGCCCCGGGCAGCCCCUGCUUGGCCCCGGCUUGGGGCCUGAUGGCCCUCGGACUUUCUCGCUGUCCCCCUUCCCCAGCCUGGCGUCAGGGGAGAGAUUGAUGAUGCCCCCGGCUGCCUUCAAGGGAGAGGCGGGCGGCCUGCUGGUGUUCCCCCCAGCCUUCUACGGCGCCAAGCCCCCCACAGCCCCUGCCACCCCGGCCCCUGGCCCUGAGCCACCAGGCGGUCCUGAGCCUGCCGAUGGUGGUGGGGGCGGAGUAGCAGGGCCUGGGACAGAGGAGGAGCAGCUGGACACGGCAGAGAUCGCCUUCCAGGUGAAGGAGCAGCUGCUAAAACACAACAUCGGGCAGCGGGUGUUUGGCCAUUACGUGCUGGGGCUAUCACAGGGCUCGGUCAGCGAGAUCCUAGCCCGGCCCAAGCCCUGGCGCAAGCUCACAGUGAAGGGCAAGGAGCCCUUCAUCAAGAUGAAGCAGUUCCUAUCGGAUGAGCAGAACGUGCUGGCGCUCAGGACCAUCCAAGUGCGGCAGCGAGGCAGCAUCACCCCGAGAAUCCGCACACCCGAGACGGGCUCGGACGACGCCAUCAAGAGCAUUCUAGAGCAGGCCAAGAAGGAGAUCGAGUCGCAGAAAGGCGCCAGUCCCACAGAACCAAGGUCCUCACCAUCCCCACCCCCCAGCCCCACAGAGCCUGAGAAGAGCUCCCAGGAGCCGUUGUGCCUGUCCCUGGAGAGCAGCAAGGAGAACCAGCAGCCAGAGGGCCGCUCCAGCUCCUCGCUGAGCGGGAAGAUGUACUCGGGCGGCCAGGCCCCAGGGGGCAUCCAGGAGAUCGUUGCCAUGUCCCCCGAGCUGGACACGUACUCCAUCACCAAGAGGGUGAAGGAGGUCCUCACAGACAACAAUCUAGGGCAGCGGCUGUUUGGGGAAAGCAUCCUGGGUCUGACACAGGGCUCCGUGUCUGACCUGCUGUCCCGGCCCAAACCCUGGCACAAGCUGAGCCUGAAGGGGCGGGAGCCUUUUGUCCGCAUGCAGCUGUGGCUCAAUGACCCCCAUAACGUGGAGAAGCUGAGGGACAUGAAGAAGCUGGAGAAGAAAGCCUACCUGAAACGUCGCUAUGGCCUCAUCAGCACCGGCUCAGACAGUGAGUCCCCGGCCACCCGCUCGGAGUGCCCCAGCCCCUGCCUACAGCCCCAGGACCUGAGCCUCCUGCAGAUCAAGAAACCCCGGGUGGUGCUGGCACCUGAGGAGAAGGAGGCGCUGCGGAAGGCCUAUCAGCUGGAACCCUACCCCUCACAGCAGACCAUCGAGCUCCUCUCCUUCCAGCUCAACCUCAAGACCAACACCGUCAUCAACUGGUUCCACAACUACAGGUCCCGGAUGCGCCGGGAGAUGUUGGUGGAGGGGACCCAGGAUGAGCCAGACCUUGACCCAAGUGGGGGUCCUGGAAUCCUACCGCCAGGCCACUCCCACCCGGACCCCACCCCGCAGAGCCCUGACUCUGAGACUGAGGACCAGAAGCCAACCAUGAAGGAACUGGAGCUUCAGGAGGGCCCUGAAGAGGACAGCACAUCCCUGACCACUCAGGACAAGGCCCAAGUGAGGAUCAAGCAGGAACAGACAGAGGAGGACACCGAGGAAGAGGCAGGCAGCCAGCCCCAGGACUUAGGGGAGCCAGACAAAGGCCAAGGUCCCCCCAAAGAGGAGCAUCCUGACCCUCCGGGUAAUGACGGACUCCCAAAAGUGGCUCCCAGUCCCCUCCUUCCAGGUGGAUCCACCCCAGACUGUCCCUCACUUCAUCCCCACCAGGAGAGUGAGGCUGGGGAGCAGCUUCACCCGGACCCUGUAAGUUUUAAGUCAGCCUCAGAGUCCUCACGCUGCAGCCUGGAGGUGUCACUGAACUCGCCCUCAGCUGCCUCCUCGCCAGGCCUCAUGAUGUCUCUGUCACCUGUCCCCUCCUCCUCAGCUCCCAUCUCCCCAUCCCCUCCUGGCGCCCCCCCUGCCAAAGUGCCGAGUGCCAGCCCCACUGCUGACACGGCUGGAGCCUUGCAUCCCAGUGCCAAGGUGAACCCCAACUUGCAGCGGCGGCACGAAAAAAUGGCCAACCUGAACAGCAUCAUUUACCGACUAGAGCGGGCUGCCAAUCGGGAGGAGGCCCUGGAGUGGGAGUUCUGAAAGCAGGGUGAGGGGGCAAGGGACAUACCCUGGUAACUACCUUCCUUUUCUCACUCACUCUCCUCAACAGGGUAGGGUAAGGGAGGGAG